AAAGUAUUUACUGCUGAUGUACCACAACACGCUGGUGACUCGUGUGGUGCUGCAGGUAAACAAACUUCUAACACUGUGUGGGUCCAACCGUCCAGGUCACUUGUUAAAAAUGCCUUUCUUCCUUCGAGGGAAACGACCUGGGGAUAAUAAGCGAAAGAAACCACUCAAGAAGGAAAGAUUAUCCAGUGUUACUGCCACAGCCAAGAAAGCUAAAUAUACUCCAGAUCUGGAUGAGGAGAUAACAAGUGAUGAAGAUGAGCAGUAUAUAAAAGGAAGGCAGGUGCAGGGGGAGGAAAAGGAAGAUGAAGAGGAUGAAGAGACACCACAAGAGAAGAAAGUGAGGUUGGCUCGCCAGUAUCUUAAGGAGCUGCAAGACCAGAAGGCACAAGAUGAAGAAGAUAAGGUAUUGGAUGAUGAAGCCAUUGGCAUUCAACUUCGGGAAGAUUUACUUAAGGCAUCUGGAAAACUGCGAAAAACUGUUGCAAAUCUGUACAUUAAACCUGAGUUGCAGGAUUUCUGUGUUCUUAAGUCUAAACAACAGAAACUACCUAUCACCUGUGUGACUGUUACUAGUGAUGAAAAAUAUAUAUUUUCAGGCUCCAAAGAUUGUUCUAUUGUAAAAUUCACACUUGAUGGGAAAAGAGUGGGGAGUAUACCUGGUGGGCGUAAAGGCACAGAAAAGGUUCACGUUGGUCACACAUCUCACAUAUUUUCUCUGGCAGUUUCCUCAGAUGGGAAAUUUUUGGCAUCAGGUGACAAGGGGGGCUACAUACACAUCUGGAAUGCAGAAACACUUGACCAUCUCAAAAAAUUUAAGAAACAUCGUGGAGCCAUCUCUGGUUUGGCUUUUCGUCUUUCCACUCAUACCCUUUUCUCUGCCUCUCAUGAUCGAAUGGUGAUGGUAUGGAAUCUGGAUGCCAUGGCAUUUGUUGAAAAUUUAGGUGGUCAUCAGGAUGCAAUAACAGGAAUAGAUGCACUUGUGAGAGAAUCCUGUAUCACCAGUGGAGGACGUGAUCAAUCAGUAAUUGUGUAUGUUCUCGUUGAAGAUAAGCAGUUGCGGUUUUCUGGCCACCAGGCUUCCAUUGAUGGCAUCAAACUUGUUAAUGAUAAAACAUUUGUAACCUUUGCCCAAGAUGGAUCUCUAGCCUUAUGGACGACCCUAAAGAAGCGCCCUCACAGUCUUGUAAAAGCAGCUCAUGGCUAUCAGAUCAAUGGUCUACCAAACUGGAUUACCGCAGUUGCUGCUUUUGUUAAUUCUGACCUUGUUGCAUCAGGAUCAAUGGAUGGGUUUGUGCGCCUUUGGAGAGUUGAGACAGAGGGACAUCGUACACUGAAGCCAUUAUUUGCCAUCCCUGUUCCAGGAGUGAUCAACUCCAUGGCAUUCACAGCAAGUGGGAACCACCUUGUUGUUGGAGUAGGACAAGAGCAUAAAUUAGGAAGAUGGUUUAAAGAGAAAGCAGGGAAAAAUUCUAUUGUUGUUAUUCAUUUAAAAAAUGCAUAAAUUAUAAACAAAAUGAUGUACUAUACUGUAGAUUAAUAAUUUUUUUUACAA